CCGCAGGGUCCUGGGGGGAAACGGGGGCUCCGGGCGUGGAGGCCGCUGGAGACCCUGAGGCCCGGGGAAACGGGCGGGGGCGGGGGCACCCCCAAACCAGCAGCCCCCCCCCGGCCCGCCCAGCGCCUCCUACUCCGCGGCUGCUGCCACGAAAGGGUUAAGGCGCGGGAGUGACGCGCCGCUGCCGCGCGGAACGUCAGCGUGUGACGUGUGGGCGGAGCCACGACAGCGACAGCUGCACGGCCGGCGUUUGCAGCUCGCCGGAGCCCGCGCCGCGGAGGCAGGGCCGGGCAGGGGCGCCGCAUGGCUGCGGGUCCAGGGUCACAGUGAGUGUGAAGGUUGAGGAGGUGCCCUCAGACAAGAUGCAGCCCACUGGGACACUGCAGGACCCUGGUGACUGCUGGCUGGAGCAGCCAAAGGCCCAUUACACCAACAGGUCUCUGGGGGAGGCAGGACAGAGGGCACCUGGGGACAAGCCACCUCAUGUCUCCAACGAGCCCCCGCCCCACCAGGAGUCAGAUUCCCCUGAAACUGAAGAGACCUGGGAGUUGUUGGCAGAAAGAAGCUUGUCAGGCUGGUGCCCCAAACAAGACCCUUCCCAAGGAGCAGGUGCUGGGACCCUAAGCAGAGCUGAGCAGCAGCUUCCUGAGGAGAGGCCUGUUAACCUGGAGCUGCAGAGGACUUCCCCAAGGACACUGGAGGAGACGAGCUCCAUGGCACCUGAGCCAGGCCAAGUGCAGAGAUGGCAGAGCAAACCUCCAAAACAGGGCGAGAGCUUGGAGCUCCGGGAGGUGUUUGAAGAUGUGGCAGUGUAUUUCACACAGAUGGAGUGGGAGCUGCUGGAAGAUGACGACAAGGUGCUUUACCAGGACCAGAUGCUGAGGAAUUUCCAAGCCCUUGUUUCCCUGGGACAUCAAGGUCCCACACCUGACUUAAUCCACCGCAUCCAGCGAGGACAGGUGGAGCUCUGGGUCUGUGAUGAUGAGGACGGUGGGGAAAUCUCAAGGUCAGAGGACCUGCUGCCAGGAGGUACCUGGCUCCUGAACGGAGCUGAGGAGGAGACUCCUGUGGAAGGGCCUGCAAACCUGGGGCCACCAUGGACUUCCCCAAGAAGUUUGGGUGAGAUGGACUCCUUGAGACAUGAGAAGGAACAAUGGCCCAGGAGUCAGCACCAGCACGUCCACCUGGGGAGGAAGACACACCACUACACUGAGUGCAGGAAGAAUUUCAUCUGCUGGCAAGACCUGUCCCAGCACCAGUGCAUACAGAGUGGGGAGCAGCCACACCAUGGUACCAAGUGUGGGAAGAGCUUCAGACAGCCCUCCAACCUGGCUCAGCACCAGCAUAUCUAUACAGGGGAGAAGCCACAUCAGAGCUCAGUGUGUGGGAAGAGUUUUGACUUGUCUUCCAACCUGACCAAACGCUGGCUCAUCCACAAACACAAGAAUCCACAUUGGUGCUUCGAGUGUGAGAAGAGCCUCACCUGCGCCUCUCACCUGGCCCGGCACCAGCUUAUCCACACAGGGGAGAAGCCAUAUCAGUGCUCAGAGUGUAGGAAGAGCUUCACCCGCUCCUCCCACCUUGUCCAGCAUCAGCUCAUCCACACAGGAGAGAAGCCACAUCGGUGCCCAGAGUGUGGUAAGAGCUUCACUCAGUCCUUCAGCCUGGCUGAGCACCAGCGUAUCCACACAGGAGAGAAGCCACAUCAGUGCUUGGAGUGUGGGAAGACCUUCAACCAUUCCACAACCCUGAGAAGACACCGGCUCAUCCACACAGGAGAGAAGCCACAUCACUGCCCAGAGUGUGGGAAGAGUUUCACCCUACGUUCAGACCUGGCCAGGCACCAGCUUAUCCACACGGGGGAGAAACCACAUCAGUGUUCGGAGUGUGGGAAGAGCUUCACCCGAUCCUCCCACCUUGUCCAGCACCAGCUCAUCCACAGAGAAGAGAAGCCACAUCAGUGCCUGGAGUGUGGGAAGAGCUUCACUCAUUCCUUCAGCCUGACUAAGCACCAGCGUAUCCACACAGGAGAGAAGCCACAUCAGUGCUUGGAGUGUGGGAAGACCUUCAACCAUUCCACAACCCUGAGAAGACACCGGCUCAUCCACACAGGAGAGAAGCCACAUCACUGCCCAGAGUGUGGGAAGAGUUUCACUCUACGUUCAGACCUGGCCCAGCACCAGCUUAUCCACACAGGGGAGAAACCACAUCAGUGCUCGGAGUGUGGGAAGAGCUUCGCCCGAUCCUCCCACCUUUUCCAGCACCAGCUCAUCCACAGAGAAGAGAAGCCACAUCAGUGCCUGGAGUGUGGUAAGAGCUUCACUCGCUCCUCCAACCUGGCUCAGCACCAGCAUAUCCAUACAGGAGAGAAACCACAUCAGUGCUUGGAGUGUGGGAAGAGCUUUACUCGCUCCUCCAGCCUCGCUCAGCACCAGCAUAUCCAUACAGGAGAGAAACCACAUCAGUGCUUGGAGUGUGGGAAGAGCUUCACUCGCUCCUCCAGCCUGGCUCAGCACCAGCGUAUUCACACAGCGGAAAAAACACACCAGCAAAGAUCUGGGUUUUCUGUUUCCCACGGAAAAAUGGAGAAAACCACGGGUUUCCCAUUUUUAGCAGAGAAAACACAGAUUUUUCCCUUCUAGCAAAGAAACCUGUGCAUUUCCCCUUUUUGCAAAGAGCUCUUGCAGACUGGCUGAGUUCCAGCCUGCGAGAGCUGAUUGCAAAAAGGACAGGAAAGCCCCAACCCUGUCCAGAGGGGGAGGGAGAAGGGGAAGGGCAGGACCUGAAGCUUUUAGUUAGUCCUAAGGUUUGGGUCAGGCUCACUUUCCUUCUGGAGCCUGUGAAGUGGUAGGUGGGGCUUGCUGGGGGGGUUCUGGG